GUGGCGGGUGCGGACCAGGAGCCAGGCUGAGGUUUGGCUGAAGCGACGUGUGCUCAGGAGCCACCAGCGCGGGUGCCGCUGAGGCAGCGGCGAGAGGCAGGACCAACUGACGGACUGAAGGCGACUGGAGAGCCGGCCAGGGGCCGCGCUGCGGGCGAGAUGCCGGGGGUGCCGGCGUGGCUGCUGUUGCUGCUGCUCCCUCUCCUGACCGCCGGCAGUGCCCGGGCCGCGCCACUUCCGCAAACAGGUGCAGGGGAGACACCUGCUGCAGAAGUUUCUUCAUCUUUUGUGAUCCUGGCUUUAUGCAGUUUAUUGCUGUUAGUUGUGUUAAUUGCCAACUGUGUUUCCUGCUGCAAGGACCCAGAAAUAGACUUUAAGGAAUUUGAAGAUAAUUUUGAUGAUGAGAUAGAUUUCACACCACCAGCAGAAGAUACUCCCUCUAUUCAAUCCCCAGCAGAAGUUUUCACACUUUCAGUACCAAGUAUCUCAUUACCAGCUCCAUCGCAGUUCCAGCCUUCUGUAGAAGGUUUGAAGUCUCAAGUUGCUCGGCACAGUCUGAACUAUAUACAGGAAAUAGGAAAUGGCUGGUUUGGAAAGGUUCUCCUUGGAGAAAUUUACACAGGCACUAGUGUAGCAAGAGUAAUAGUGAAGGAGUUAAAAGCAAGUGCAAACCCAAAGGAACAAGACACCUUUUUGAAGAAUGGAGAACCUUACUAUAUUCUUCAGCAUCCAAAUAUUCUUCAGUGUGUUGGACAGUGUGUUGAAGCAAUUCCUUAUCUUCUGGUGUUUGAGUUCUGUGACUUGGGUGACCUGAAAGCUUACCUGCGCAACGAGCACGAGCACCUGAAGGGGGACUCGCAGACCAUGCUGCUGCAGCGGAUGGCGUGCGAGAUCGCAGCGGGGCUGGCCGCCAUGCACAAGCUGCACUUCCUGCACAGUGAUUUAGCCCUGCGGAAUUGUUUUCUUACCUCGGAUUUAAAUGUGAAAGUGGGAGAUUAUGGAAUAGGAUUUAGCAGGUACAAGGAGGAUUAUAUUGAAACAGAUGAUAAAAAAAAUUUGCCUCUGCGAUGGACUGCUCCAGAAUUAGUAACCAGCUUUCAAGACAGACUACUAACUGCAGAUCAAACUAAGUAUAGUAAUAUCUGGUCCCUGGGUGUGACGCUUUGGGAGCUUUUUGAUAAUGCUGCUCAGCCUUAUUCCAACCUUUCCAACUUAGAUGUCCUCAAUCAGGUCAUCCGAGAGAGAGACACCAAACUACCCAAGCCUCAGCUGGAGCAGCCUUAUUCUGAUAGAUGGUAUGAAGUUUUACAGUUCUGCUGGCUGUCACCAGACAAGAGACCAGCUGCUGAAGAGGUGCAUAGGCUGCUUACCUACCUGCGGAUGCAGAGCCAGAGGGACUCAGAGGUUGACUUUGAACAGCAGUGGAAUGCUCUUAAACCAAAUACAAACAGCAGAGACACGUCCAAUAGUGCUGCAUUCCCAAUUCUCGACCAUUUUACCAGAGAUCGCCUUGGUCGUGAAAUGGAGGAAGUCCUCACUGUGACUGAAACGAGCCAGGGCCUGAGCUUUGAAUAUGUUUGGGAGGCUGCUAAGCAUGACCAUUUUGAUGAACACAGUCGGGGCCACCCAGAGGAAGCCUUGUCCUACACAAGCAUCUUCUUCCCAGUUGAUGUCUUUGAGAGUUCACUUUCAGAUCCUGGGCCUGGGAAACAAGAUGGCAGUGGCCAGGAUGUCUCCCUGAGGGCCCCCGGAGUGGUUCCAGUGUUUGAUGCUCACAACCUUUCUGUUGGAAGUGACUAUUACAUCCAGUUAGAAGAAAAGAGUGGUAGCAAUUUGGAGCUUGAUUACCCACCUGCACUGCUCACGACUGAAAUGGACAAUCCAGAAAGAACAAGUGAUAAGGCAUCCCAGUCUCUGGCUCUCAGGAAUCUUGAAUUUGAGGAGACCAGUACAGAUGAGGAUUUCUUCCAAAGCAGUGCAGACCCCAAAGAUUCCAGUGUACCUGAGGAUACACAUGCUGCCAGGGGACCUGACAGCCCUUUCAACAAUAUAUUUAAUGAUCUUGACAAAUCAGAGGAUUUGCCCAGUCACCAAAAAAUAUUUGAUUUAAUGGAAUUAAAUGGAGUACAAGCUGACUUUAAGCCAACCACUUUAAGUUCAAGUUUGGAUGAUCCCAAGGAGUCAGCAAUAACAUACCACUUAGAGAAAGAAAAACCCCAUAAGCUUUUUGACUGUGAGCCUCUUUGCUUAUCAGAAAACCUUAUGCACCAAGAUAACUUUGACCCAUGUAAUAUUCAGGAAUUGUCAGAAAACUUUUUCUUUCUUCAAGAGAAAAAAUUACUGAAAGAUUCAUUGUCUAGCAAGGAGCAUGUAAGUGAUCUUCAAACAGAACUUAAAAAUGCUGGUUUUACUGAAACUGUAUUAGAAACUCCAUGUAGAAACUCUUUAACCACAGAGUUUAAGUUUGCUGAAAAUAGGCCAGACUUUUCUUUGUUGCAGGAAAACAUAAGUGUGAAAGGUAAAGAUGCAGGGAUCAUUGAGGACAGCACCUUGACCACCUCCUUGCAGUCUUCCCUGGAAUUUCAGGUGUCCCCUACCUCACUCAAAACCGACAGCAUGCCACAUAAUGUACCUCCAGAUAUGUUCCUGAAGCAGGGAGAGACUGAGCCCGCUUGUUUAGAUGUCAGUAUCCGUGGAGACCACCUCUGCCAAGAAACAAGUCCAGAUUCUGUCACCAUCCCAACCAAAGUUCCCUCAACUGAUGCUGGAACACAUGGCACUGGCGACAGGUCUCCUGGGUUGACUCACCACUGUCAGGAGGCCCUGAGACGGACUGAAGCUGACUCACUUCUUGUUGAUGACAUUUUUGCCAGUAAGGUGAGUCUAGGGAGCAGUCUUCCAGAACUGAGGCAGGAUGCACAAAAUCAGUCACUUACAGAAAAUCAUUCCAGUAACAGUCUGCUGGAGAAGAACUUGGAAGCUGUGGAGACUCUGAAUCAUCUGAAUUUGAAAGAUGCUACAAAAGAGGUGGGCUUGACAUCUGCCCUUUCCUCAGAUUCUACCAGUCAGGACAGCCUUUUAGAGGACAGCUUGUCAACACCUAUUCCGACUUCAGAACAGUCUGUGGAGACCCCUGACUCUCUGGACUCAGUGGAUGUCCAUGAUGUUUUAUUGGGGUCUUUAGGCACUCACACUCCUCAGAAACUCCUGCCCCCUGACAAGCCUGCAGACAGUGGCUAUGAGACAGAAAACCUGGAGUCUCCUGAGUGGACUCUGCACCCUGCUCCCGAUGGAGCCUCAGCCUCUGACUCAGCCACGGCCUGUGAUUGUGGUCCCGACAGUUUACCUCCCAACCCCAUCAUCGUCAUUUCAGAUGCAGCUGACGGCCACAGAGGUACAGAAGUGACCUCACAGACUUUUGCACUUGGCUCCCAGAGCUCCUACCGAGACUCUGCUUACUUCUCAGAUAAUGAUUCUGAACCUGAUAAGAAGUCCGAGGGCGUCCCAGCAACUUCAACAUCAGCUGCAGUGUUGCUUACGGAUCAGCCACUGCCUGAACCAGUCAUCCUCGAACAGAGCCUGGAAACCAAAAAUAGUCUUCCAGACCAAAGUUGUCGGGCUGCUGUGCAGCUUUCCAGUCACCUAGAGUUAGGAGAAACAACAGAGCCAGUACCCAGUGACAUUUCUAAACAGACACAUCCUCCUGAAGAUGAGGUGGGAAGUCCUUUGUUGAACUUGGAGCUGAGCAGCAGCGAGGACUUCGAGGCACAAGAGGAUCACCCCUGCAUGCUGGCCUCCACUGGAACCAAUACUAACGAACUCCUCGCCUUUGCAAAUUCCACCCUCCACGCUGGUAGCCCAGCAGAACUCAUGACUGAUAAGUCCUUUUCUGGCCACUCUGAGGGCCCUAAGUUGAAAGAGCCAGACAUUGAAGGGAAAUACUUGGGUAAACUUGGUGUGUCGGGGACACUUGACCUCUCUGAGGAUGGAAUCGAUGCCGACGAGGAAGAUGAAAACAGCGAUGACUCAGAUGACGACUUGCGAGCAUUCAACCUGCACAGCCUCAGCUCAGAGUCAGAGGACGAGACAGAGCACCCUGUGCCUGUGAUCCUCAGCAAUGAGGAUGGGAGGCACCUCCGGAGCUUGUUGAAACCCUCGACCUCUGUUGCCCUUGAUCAGUUGCCUGAAGACUGGAAAAAAGAAAAGAAAGCUGUGACGUUUUUUGAUGAUGUCACAGUUUACCUGUUUGACCAGGAGACCCCAACCAAGGAACUGGGGCACUGUGGAGGAGAAGCUCAUGGCCCUGAGCAAAGCAGCACAGCACCUUCGUCAGGUUCUCCUUACCUGAGCAGGUGCAUAAAUUCUGAGAGUUCAACUGAUGAAGAAGGUGGAGGCUUUGAAUGGGAUGAUGACUUCUCCCCAGAUCCUUUUAUGUCAAAGACAACAAGUAAUCUUCUUAGUUCCAAGCCUUCUCUUCAGACAUCAAAGUAUUUUUCUCCUCCGCCACCCCCCCGGAGUGCGGAGCAGAGCUGGCCUCACACGUCGCCGUAUUCCAGAUUCUCCAUCUCUCCUGCCAACAUUGCCAGCUUCUCUCUCACACACCUCACUGACUCCGACAUCGAGCAGGGAGGAAGCAGUGAAGAUGGAGAAAAAGAUUAGGUGGAUGCUCAAGCACUCUUGGGGUCCCUGGCUGCUCCCCCCUCCCAGCGGUGUUCCUGCGCUGCCAGCCAAGCAACGACAUGCACUCGCCACCUGCCGAGAUGGGACAGAGACCAGGGAACGGAAAGGAGCAGCGCUGGGCCAGGCGCCCGUGUGGGAGGCCCACUGGAGGCCAGUCCACCCGGCAUAGUGUGCACAGCCAGCCUCCCACCGGGGACGUGCCACGCUCAGCCGGCCAGGGCCGUGCCCGCCUCGCUCUGGCAUUUGCCGCCUGCAGGCUCGGGACUGUUUCUGAUUUCCAUGCGGGGUGUUCUCUGUGUCCACGUUGUGCAUCCUGGUCUGUGCACGGCCCGGAGGACGCAUGACCAGGGAUGGGCACCAGUGAGCCAUAUUUAUUAUUUUCAAAGAAAUCACUAAUUGCUUUCUGUAAUUGCACUGUGGAUAAAUGUUCUAAGAGUCCCUGAUAGUGUACAGAAUCUUAAAUUAUUCAAGGAAACUAAGGCAGGUCAAGCUGGUGCUAUCCACUAGUUUGAUUUUUUUUUUCCUUCCUGUUUUAUAGUUUGUUUGCUCUGCAUGGUACUUGUAAAGCUUAAAUAUUUUGAGUGUUAUGCUGUCUCUAGAGUUGCUGGAAUUGUACAUAUGGUACUCUUUCGUAAAUGAUAAAUGAUUCUGAAUAUUAGUGUUUUAUGUUCCUAUAGGAAAUAUUUUUGAUGAGUCCAAAAAGAUUGCUCUGUUGUCAAUUGGAUGAAAUACAUUUUGUGUUUUCUCUCUAUAGCAAAUGAGGCUCUCUGAGGAGCUAAAGGGUCUUGCAGCCCCUCUGUGUGAUUCUCCUAUCCACCCCCCAAUUUUCUAAAGUUCUCAACAGGCAGUGGGCCCCAGAACGGAGCUGUGGGUUAGGAUGUGUGACCCCCUGAUUAUUCUCCCUGGGGGCCCAAGCACCCUUUGUCCCUCCUGGACUCUGGCAAAGGAUGUGGCCCCCAAGUCACUUCCCCUUAAAGCCGGUUCUUAAAACAUGGACAGCUGUGGCCACGCACCUCCUUCCUGCUAGCAGAUAGAGAAGUCAGAGGAAGAUGCUCCGCAGAGUGCUGUGGUAGCCAAGGAGGGCGGGUUUGAGUUGUCCUAUUUAUACAAUUUGAGUUGUGAAAUAACCUCCAUGGCUGCAUUUCCCCUCGGAACCACUCCAAGCCCCGUUAUGUCCAGGUGUGACUUCCCUGUUACCAUAGAGUUCACUGCAGCCUACCGCUGUGAGGAAGGACAGAAGUGGAGCCUCCACAGUUGGUCUGUUCUCCUCACCAGGACCUUGGGCAGCCCAAAGUGGCCGUCACACCAGACCCUGCCCACACCAUCUGCACUAACCCUUCCCCCUCUGCAUAAGCACCAAGUGUUUCCCUUGCUUUGAAAGUGACCAAGCUUGUCUGGUGCAGCUGCACAAUGUUGACAGGAAUCAGGUGUUCGUAAUAAAAAGCCGACCUCAUUCUGCCGUCCUUGAGUUCCACUUUGGCUCUCUCCAGGGGCGAGAGCCGCUUAAUGGCACUGUGCUGAGGAGGCUUGCAUGCCUGUCAUGAAGCCGUUUGUUCUAGGUGGGACCUCAGGUCUGUGGUCCCCAUACCCUGGACCUUCACCCCAAAUGUUCCGGUGCUGAUUUGCUUUCCUGACUCGAGUGUCACACUAGGAUGAGCCCGUAGGCCCAGGCUGGAGCGCAUGAUGGAAGUCACAGGAACUCGGGUCCUAACACAAGUUGCAAAUGAGAAUACUGGCUCGAGUUUACGUAGCAAAUUACGACCUUUGUGAUCAGUUCUGGUUCACUCCUCUAACUUUAUAUAUAGCAAUAACUUUACAGUCAAGAAAAUUCCAAAUGGAGAAAGAGUCCCCUCUCACAGCCAGGACAGCAGUGCCAGAGAGCUGGACUUUGUGAUGUGCAUAUUGAAAACAAGUCAAUAGGGCAUUAGGGAAAAAAAGUCAACAGGGCAUUGCCAAAAUUGUUAUAGCUGAAUUUCUUGCUAAGGAGACUUCAUGAAUUUUCUGAAUUUUUACAGCUAACUGUCAGUCUUGGUUGAAAAAGAAAUUGAGAGGCGAUUAUAGCAGUUUUUCAAAUUAUAGGCUUAAGGCAUUCAGAUUUAAUGAUUAAAAUCAAGCAGAUCGAUAGGAUGUACAGUCUCCUUAAACAGUCAGCCUGAGGUAAAUAUGUUGGUCUUUUGGGACUGUACAUUUUCCACUAUAUUUAAGGAGAUUUUAACAGCAUAACUCCCAUUUUAAUUUAAAUCUAUAUUGCUCUCAUAAUAAAUUGCCAAAAAAAGCAUUUUAUACAUUGAAUGGGGGGUGGGGUUGAGUAGUAAUUACUGUGGUGUUGCCUGGUAGGGAAGGUUUUAUAUUUAUCAACAUGUGAGUUAACAUGUUCUUUUGAAAUCUCAAGCAAUACACAGGAAAUAAAUUAUGUAGAUUAAAAUUUUCAGCCCAUUUUUGAAAUGUCAGCAUGUGCUUUGUUGUUUGAUUCCUUUUUUUUUUUUUUUUUACUAAGUUGGUUACCAGUAGCCGAUUUCAAACUUGUUCUCAUGAGUUAUGCAAUGAAAUGAAUCAGUGGAACUCUCUAGAUAAUCUGGGGAAGGGUUAUCAUAGCUCAGUGACACUUCAGGCCUUUUUGGGAAUCUAUCAGAUUUUCAUUAGUCUUACUUUGGUGGUGUUUACCUAUUUUAAAUUUUAUGAUAAAUGUAAUCUAACUUUCAUUUCCUAACUAGCUAAAUGUUAAUUUGUGUUACCAAAUGACCCCGUGAUAAGCCAGAAAGACAAAUGUAGAAAAGUGCUCUCCAAACCCGAGACUGGGGCUGUGCUCGUUAAGACUUGGUUCUCGAGGGAGCGCUCCAGAAGCAAAACAGUUCACUCUGUGUGUAAAUGUACAGGUAACUGUUUCUGCCAAGUAAGUUUAUCUAAGAAAAAAUCUUUGUCUUGCUGCCUUUAAAGGCCUUUCAAAAUCUCUUCCUUUCUUUACGGCUUCCCAGAGGGUAUUUGUAGGGUGAGUGACUUAACUGCUAUCUGCCAUGAGGCCUGGGGCACAAGGAAGGCGACUCCUAGCUUUACUCUGUUCAGCCCCUUACCCAAAAAUUCCAAAAGUGACCCAAGUGUUAGGCUCCAAAUGUUAGGCUUCAUGAAGUUAUAAGAGCUUCAAGAUAACUAGCCUUAAAAUAAGAGCAGGUGUGUGCAGGCACUUCAGAUUUAGAUCUGAAUAUCUGACAAAUACUUAAAUAUUUGUCAGUGGCAAUGGGUCUGGCUCAGUUUCUGGUUAUCAAAAAAGGAAAAAUUCUCUUUAGGAUGUAAGUAAAUUGUUAAAAGAUGUGUUGGCAGUAUUGCAAUAACCAACAACCUGUUAUUUGGAUGGCUUGAACAUGUUCUUUCAGGUUGUUUGAGUCCACGCAGGCUUAGAUAGAUCUUAAUGGACUGGUGUGUGUGCCCACUGUUUUAAUCCCAUCCCAGAAUGGAAGAUCUAUGGGGCAUUCACACCACUGAGGUUCCCCUGUUGCGUUUUAACACAGCUGUAAGAGGUUCACGGCAAUACAACAGUUAAUGAACUUUCAGUUUAAAUUGUGUACAUUUUUAAAUUGUAAGAUUUUUACUGUAUAUUGAUGCAUAGUGUGAUUCA